UCUUAUACGAAAUUUGGUGAUACUGCUCAAGGUCGACACCUUGCUCAUCGCGCCUUUUUGAAGGUACGUGGAACGGUUAGAAAUACCUAGACGCAAUGGGCAAUUCUGAUGUGGAUAUCGCAAAUGUUGAGCUGUACAGUUCGCGUCCUUUACUUUUUCACGGGUACAUACUACCGUUUGUACUUCUGUAUGCCAUUUGGGUUGGAUACUGGACAAGUGUGCUAGGAUUUUAUGAGUAUAUGGAAUUGGGCUUUAUUGUUGUCGCCGCUAUCGGAUUCGUGCAAAUAAUUGUUUGCCUUUGCUGUCACUGGUUUGUUGGAUUUGAGUGCUUGAUGACAUGUCGGAAGCAAACAAGUGUUGCAGCAUCUGAGUAUGUGAAAGUCGUGCCCACUCCCAAUACGGGCUAUCCAAUGUUGGUGAAAAUCGAAAAACAAAAGGGUAAACUUGCAGGAGAAACUAUAUAUUCAUUCCAUUUUCAACGGCUAAAAUAUACAUUCAAAACUGAUGAGAAAAGUAGUUUUCACCCUGUUGAAUUUCCGGUUGAUUGGGACAUGCGAAGUUAUCUUAAUUGGAGAGGUUAUGAAACGGCGGAACAACAGCUGAGCGCCCAACAGAAAUAUGGGAUAAAUGAAUUGCAUUUAGAUGUACCGUCCUUCGCGGAGUUAUUCAAGGAGCGUGCAACUGCUCCAUUUUUUGUUUUUCAAGUGUUCUCUGUUGGUCUGUGGUGCCUCGACAAUUACUGGAUUUAUCCGGUACUGGUUUUGGGUUUGCUGUGUCUUUUCGAAGCUAGUUUAGUGCAACAGCAGCUGAAAAACAUGUCGGAGAUACGCUCAAUGUCUGAAAAACCAUACAACAUCCAUGUUUAUCGUCAAAAGAAGUGGACUCGUGUACGAACUGAUCAAUUGGUUGCUGGAGAUAUUAUAUCUAUUUCUGAGAGUGAUCAGAAGUAUUGCAUUCCCGCUGAUGUACUUCUCUUAAGAGGUACAUGCAUUGUAGAUGAAUCUAUGCUUACUGGGGAAUCAGUACCUGUCAGCAAAGAUCCUUGUGAGACUCUUAAAGCAGAUGAGCAUUUCACAUUUGACGAAGGUCAUAAGAAUCAGAUAUUAUUUGGUGGAACUAAGGUGGUACAGUUCACUCCUCCGUCGAAGUCCACAAAUCAUCUAAAAGCCCCUGACAAUGGUUGUAUUUGUUUUGUACUUCGUACGGGUUUGAGUACUUCACAGGGUCGUUUACUAAAAACAAUUAUGUACAGUGUGAAAGCGGUUACAGCGAAUAAUAUGGAGAGUUUCUUAUUCAUUGGAUUUCUACUCAUUUUCGCUUUGAUUGCCUCAGUCUACGUUUGGGUAGAAGGUACAGCUGAUCCUCGUCGUAACCGAUAUAAACUGUUCCUAGAAUGUACACUUAUUUUAACAUCUGUCAUUCCUCAAGAACUCCCAAUGGAAUUAUCUUUAGCUGUGAAUUCCUCUUUAAUUGCACUGUGCAAACUUAUGGUCUAUUGUACUGAACCGUUUCGAAUUCCAUUUGCGGGUAAAAUUGAUAUUUGUGCAUUCGAUAAAACUGGUACUUUGACUGAAGAUACGGUUGUCGUUGAAGGUGUAACAGGUUUGAAUGAUCAACCGUCGAAUAGAUUGUUACCAGUAAAAGAUUGUCCACUAUCUACUAUUCAAGUAUUGGCUAGUUGUCAUUCACUAAUCAAUACUACUGGUUCUGGAUUAAUUGGUGAUCCAAUGGAGAAAGCAAUGUUAGCUUCAACUGGUUGGUCGUUAAAUGAUCAAAAUGAAGUGCAUGGACGUACAAUACCACGUACUUCUCCAUUGAAAAUAUGCCAGAGAUUUCGUUUCGAUAGUGCAUUGCGCCGAAUGUCAGUUGUUGUCAGCCAUUAUCUACCAGCUUCUGUGGAACAAAAUUAUCUAGCUUGUGUCAAGGGGUCACCGGAGACAAUUCUUCCAAUGCUUGUUGACGCUCCACCAGAUUAUGAAGAAGCUUAUCUCACUGCAGCUAGACGUGGUGCUCGUGUUUUGGCGUUAGGACAAAAGAUAUUAGGACAGUUGAGUCAUGAACAGGUGAGAGAUUUAACCCGUGAAGCAGUUGAAUCAAAUAUGAAUUUUUGUGGUUUUGUCAUUAUCUCUUGUCCAUUGAAACCGGAUUCAAGAAGUGUUGUACAACAAUUGCUCAACUCUAGUCAUCAUGUUACUAUGAUUACUGGUGAUAACCCGUUAACUGCUUGUCAUGUAAGCAGUUUAGUUGGUAUGACACGAUCUGAUACUCCUGUGCUUGUUUUAACACCACCGAAUCCAUUACAUGAAAAAUGGCAUUGGCAGUCAGUUGAUGAGUCUAUUGUGUUACCUGUUUUCGAUGAAACAAAACAUACAAACUCUAAACUAAAACAACUUGCCAGUAAGCAUGAAUUGUGUUUAACCGGUGAAGGCAUUGAUUUCCUGUCUAAGUCGAAUCCAACUUUUCUACAGAAUUUAAUACCCAAAGUUAAAAUCUAUGCUCGUGUUGCACCGAAACAAAAAGAAUCCAUUCUGGUUGAACUUAAGCGUAUGGGAUAUGUAACAUUAAUGUGUGGUGAUGGAACAAAUGAUGUUGGCGCUUUAAAGCAAGCACAUGUUGGUGUUGCACUGCUCAAUGAAGCUAGCGUAGUUCGUAGUUUUUUGGAUUUACUCGACACGAAAAAGCCAAACCAUAACGGUACAAUUAAUCGUUCCAUCAAUCGUGGAAAUCGUUCAGAUAAAAACACUGCAAAUUCAAUUGGAAACAAUAAAGCUACAGCAUCUUCACGUUUAGCUUCAAGUUUGGCUGCUGUUGAAGAACAAGAUGCAUCAGUAGUCCGUUUAGGUGAUGCUAGUAUAGCGGCUCCUUUCACUGCCAAAAUGUCUUCCCCAUCAGGAGUAUGUGAAAUUGUUAUGCAAGGACGUUGUACUCUGGUGACAACAUUACAAAUGUAUAAGAUAUUGGCAAUUAAUGCAUUGAUAACAGCCUAUAGUUCAUCAGUUUUAUUCUUAAAAGGAUUUAAAAUAUCCGAUUCUCAAGCAACUAUUCGAGCUCUUCUACUAUCAGCGUGUUUCUUGUUCAUUUCACGGUCGAAGCCGUUGAAAACUCUUUCACGUGAACGUCCUAUGCCGAAUAUAUUCAACUUGUACACAUUAUUAACAGUAUUUCUACAGUUUCUUGUCCACUUCUAUGUAUUGUAUGCUUUAACCAUGGAGGCAGAAUUACGAAUGCCUAAAACGGAUGAUGGAUUUGUGGAUUUAAAUGCUGAAUUCGAACCUUCAAUUCUAAAUACCUUGGUGUAUUUGAUUGCAACUGGAAUGCAAACUGCAACAUUGGCUGUGAACUAUGCCGGACAUCCAUUCAUGGAAUCGUUAACUGAGAAUAAACCAAUGUUAAUCUCUUUGAUUAUUGCUGUUGUCGGACUACUGGUUCUACCCUUUCCUCCAUUCGCUGGCUCACUACAAUUAGUCAGUUUGGAUUCUGAUCUUCGUAUUGUAUUUUUCAAAGCAUUGAUAUUUGAUUUUGUUGGAUCUUGGCUAGUUGAUCGUGUAUUACUCUUUGUAUUUGGUCGAGUUAGUCAAAAGUCUCUGUAAAAAAAUAAAACACCAAUUACUUCGUGUGUACUAUUGAUUAUCACCGCAUCACAUACAUGCAGAUAGAGACAUAGAUGCCUAUCUACAGUUUUUUCUGCUGUAUAGUGUUGAUGACAGUUCACAUUCUGUUUCUGUCUUCAUUUCUUUUUCUCCUGUGUGUACACAUGCUUGUUUUGUUUUCAGGGGUAUAUACAUCUCUACUAAUAAAGUGUUGUACUUUAUCUAUCUGUUUGUUUGUCUGUAUUUAUUUACUGUAAUUUGUUUGUCUGUCUGUCUGUCUUUCAAUGAACAGUACUCAACGUCAUCAUCAUUGUCAUCGUCAUUGUCAGUUCUACUGAUGGUUAUUCCGCAAACAGCACAUGUUAAUUCACACUCUGGCUUUAUGACAUAAUUUUGUUGUAUAGAGGUGUGUGAGUGAGUGUGUAAUGCAUGUGUUAGAAACGUGUAAACUUGUUAUUGUUGUUGUUAUUGUUGAAAAAACGUGUUUUCCGUUCUUCUAUUACUUGUCUAUUUUUUUUUGUAAACGUCUCUCUUUAAUGCAAAGAAAACUCAAGCCAAUUUGUUUCUCUUUCUAAUACUCUGUUAUAUGUCUUUACAUGUACUUCUUUCCUGUGUGUGUGUUCAUAUUAGUAGUGGUAGUGCUUGAAAGAGUUUGCUUUUCUUCUAAAACUAAUAAUGCCUUAUGGUCUUUCAUCCUUGUGUUAUUGUCAUUCUUAUGGAAUACUGACAUUAUUAAUACUAACUACUAUUACUACUACUACUAAUAAAUCUUGGUAAUGAAUUGUUACAUUGUAUAUAGAAUUUUAAUCGAUAUCUUAUACAAUUGAUUUUAUUGUUUUUAGUUUCCUGAUUUUUCUGGUACACCCUUUCUGUCUUCAUUCCCUUGUUUGUUUUUUUACGUUCCAAACAUGGAACAUGGUGCUACAAACCCCGUUUUGAAGUUUCAUUAGAGCGGAGGUAGGUGUUUUAUUUUACAGGGCACGGGGUUGCUUGCCUCACGCGAAAACACUGGCUAAGUGAGGUUUAAAGAUUGUGUGU